AUUUCUUAAAAUUUUACCUAUGUCUUUUCUGGCGUAUGAAGUUGGAGUCCCUGAUAGCGCUGUGGCAUCAUCAGCCCUCAAAUGACGUGCUUGGCGGAUCGCGCAACUUCAUUGCACCAUCUGGGAUUAGAGUGGGUAUCCCAUCAUAUCACAGUGAAUUCAUAAGAGGCUGGACACCUGGGUAACGGUCUUUUGACUAUAAAAUGUUUUGCCGCGCUUUCAUGCCAUAAAUAUUCUCCGCGUCCCCGGAUCGUCGAUCACAGGUGUGAUAGACCGAAACACGGUGGAGCUACUUUCACGAUCGCGGUACUAAGUGCGCAUAGAUAAGAUGGGUGAGCUAUCCGAGAAGGGAGGAGAUAUCCUCGCGCCAGAAAUAGUUGAAGGUUCAACUGCGGUCAAGACGAGCUUAGAUGAGCCGGUGAAGAGUCCAACUCAAGCCAGGACGCGUCAAGCCCCUCGGAUUGGCGCUGAUGCCGCGCUUGAGUUGCUCCGGGAGACGGGUAGUUUGCACCAGCCAUUAGAUCCUGAAGUCAAUCGCAGGCUUGUCCGGCGCAUCGACACGCAUAUCAUGCCACUGAUCUGCAUUAUCUGGUUAUACAUUGAUAAGACUGCGGUUUCGUACGCCAGCGUCACUGGUAUUACGGAGUCGAUAGGACUUAAGGGAAAUGAAUUCAACUGGGUCGCGUCGAUAUUCUUUUUUGGGCAAUUGGCAUUCGAAUUCCCAACGAUCCGCCUGAUACAGCUGUUUCCUCUUGCCAAAUAUACCUCUGUCAAUGUCACUCUCUGGGGUGUUACUUUGGCUUGCUUAGCAGCCUGCAAAAACUACGCCGGGCUCCUAGUCUGUCGCUUCUUCCUCGGCGUAUUGGAAGCUGCUAUUGUGCCGGCGUGGGUUUUGUUUACCUCGCAGUGGUACACGAAAGAGGAACAGGCGUUUCGCGUAGGUAUAUGGUUCUCUACCUGUGGGAUGGCGCAGAUGUUCGGCGGCUUUUUCGCGUACGGCGUCGCAACACACGUGGGCAAAGACCCGAAUGCGGCCUUGGAGGGUUGGCAGAUCAUCUUUCUAUUCUUGGGCCUGUUCACCGCGGUCAUGGGGAUCGCCUUCUGGUUCAUCGUGCCCGAUUCCCCCGCCGUCGCCGGAUUUCUCGAUAAGGAGCAAAAGGGGCUUCAUCUCGAACGAAUUAGGCAUAAUGAGCAGGGAAUAGGGUCGAAGACGUUUAAGUGGAGCCAAGUUAAGGAGGCUUUGACCGAUACCAUGACUUGGCUUUACGCUUUUUGGAUAUUUGCCGCCAACGUUCCUAACUCGAUCGCGACUUCGUUUGGGAACAUCUUGGUGAAGGGUAUGGGUUAUACGAACGAGGAGUCUUUACUCUUAGUCACUCCGCUCGGUGCUUGGGAGAUUGUAGCCCUGAUUGGGCUUACGUAUGGGGCGAUGAAAACGAAACAGCGACUGUAUUUCUGCAUUGCGGGCCACAUUCCUGCCAUAAUAGGUGCCAUCCUAAUGGCUACGACGGAACGAGUCCCGGCUCUAGUAGGCUACUAUACAAGCGGCGGUAUUCCAAUCGGCUGGACGACGAUACUCGGGUUGCAAAGCUCUAACGUAGCAGGAUCAACGAAGAAAGUCACCGUGGCUUGUAUAGGUACAAUCGCCUAUACCGUCGGCAACAUCAUCUCGCCACAGACCUUUCAAGCUCGGGAUGCACCCCGCUACCUUCCAGCCAAAAUCUCCAUCUGUAUUAUCUACGUUCUCAUUACGAUCGACUUAGUCGCAAUGCGAUGGGUGCUCGACCGCCGAAAUAAACAAAGGGAAGAAGAGAAAGCUGCUCUGGGGAAUACUCAUGAGGCAGAGGAGAACCACGAAUUCUUGGAUUUGACAGACUUGCAAAACAGAGAGUUUCGUUACGAACUUUGA